UCAAAGUGAGAAAACGAAAGGAUAGUCGUGUCAGUGACGGAAGCGAUUUGUGAAACGAAUAACAUUCAACAAAAAAAAUACGCACUUUUAAAUAUAUUGCUUCGAUAAUUUUUUAUCGUCAUUAAAUUAUUUCGUAACGACAUAUGAGAUUGAUCGCUCAGUUUACUAACGGUGCUGUUUUGCUUUUGGAACAAAUCUCACAAUGCCCAGUGAUAAAAAGGUAUCUGGUUUGGGCUCCAGUGCCAGUUCUCAAGCUUUACAAGUUUCGGAGGAUGAAAAUGUAAAAUCUUGUUGGGUGUGCUUCGCCACUGAAGCAGAUGAUAGAUUAGCUGCUUGGGUACAGCCUUGCAAAUGUAUUGGCACAACUAAAUGGGUUCACCAAAGUUGUCUACAGCGGUGGGUGGACGAAAAACAGAAAGGUAACAUUACGAGGAAGGUGCUUUGCCCCCAGUGUAAGGCUGAGUACAUAGUGGUGUUCCCAUCAAUGGGUGCGUUCGUGGCCUUAUUGGACGCUCUGGAAGAGAUUACACACAAAAUAAGUCCAUUCAUAGCUGGCGGUGUGCUCCUUGGGUCUAUAUACUGGAUAGCGAUUACGUAUGGGGCUGUUACGGUUAUGCAGGUCGUAGGUCACAGGGAAGGCUUAGAAAUGAUGGAAUCAGCUGAUCCUCUUGUACUCCUGGUUCUACUUCCAACCAUACCAGUGACUUUGAUCAGCGCCAAGAUGUACAAUUGGGAAGAUUCAGUGCUUAUAUUCCUCAGAAAGUACUGUGCUAAAAUACCGGCUCUAGGUUACAUACUACCAUUCGGCAAUGUGGAAGGUGACAGGGGUGCCAUAGUAUCUGGACAACAGGCAAACAGUCAAAAUAAUACAUCACAUUUGUCACCAACAAGAAUAUUCUGCUCGGCUCUGCUACUACCAACAAUAUCAACAAUCAUAGGAAAAAUGUUCUUUAGAUCCGUUCAAAAUAACUUGCACAGGACCAUCCUAGGAGGUCUUACGUAUAUAACUAUAAAGGGUGCCCUGAAAAUAUACCACAAGCAGAUGCUGUACAUAAGGCAUUCAAGCCGGAAGAUUCUAGAUUACACAGAAUCUAACUUAAAGCUGUACAGAAACAAUGUCGCUGAUACUAGCAAUGAAUCGGAGCAAGUUAUUUGAAUGUGAUAAUAAUUUUUAUUUGUCUUUUGUUUUUUUUUUUUAAGUUAUAUUUUGUGAAGAUUUACAUUGAUUAUGGCAACAUUUUGUAUGGCUCGUGGCAGCGUUUAGAAAUAAAUUCGUUAUUUUUCUUGGGGUUUUAAUAUAUUUUGUAGUUAAAUAUAUAAUUUCUUGUAACAUUUAGUCAUUAUAUAGUAAAUUAUAGUUAAGGUAUUUUAUAUAAAAAUAUUUUAAAACAACGCCAUUUUAAGUUGAUAUUUUUUUUUAUUUUGUAGGUUACUUUAAAUUGUCAAAACUUUCUUGACUACUUAUUUACUUCAUUAUUACUUAUGUGACGACAAACAUGACAAGAGAGUACUGCCUUUCGCUAUGGAAAUAAAUACAUAUAUAAAACCUACACUCAUUUGUUGUAAUUAAAGUGCCUUCAUACAAGUGCUGCAACUGGUGUUUAAUUCUGAACCUUAUUACAAUACAUUAUGGUUCUUUACAUAGUAUAAUAUCACUUGUAGUUUUUUAAUUGCCAGUACUUUGACAGAUAACUGUUCAAAUAGUUUUUAUAUAUUUUUUUUUUCAUUUCAUGAUUUUCAUGUGAUGUGCAUUUUAUUCUAUCAACGGAUGUCAUAGUUUCUUGCCUCAUGUAUUCAUAAAAUAUUUGUAUUAUAGAUAUGUUUAUUGUUUUAAUAUAUAGCUAUUAUGUUUAAUGUCGCUAGUUGUAUGUUACGGAGUAAUUAGUGUAAAAAGUUGCCUAUUAAUAUUGUAAAGUUUUUAGUAUUAAGAAUAUAAAUAUUUUUAAUA